CAGGGAACUUACAGCUGGGGGCCUGUGGCCCACGAAAGCAGCAAAGAUGGGGGAGAACUACCUGAACUCGCUCAUUAGCCUAGUUUCCAAAAGCGACAUUCGCUAUGAGGGCAUCCUGUAUAACAUCAACAUGGAGGAGAGCAGCAUUGCGCUGUCUCAAGUGAGGUCUUUCGGGACUGAGGGUCGCCGAGUCGGCGGGCCACAGGUGCCGCCCAGUAACGAAGUCUAUGACUACAUCAUCUUCAAGGGCGAUGACAUAAAGGACCUCACAGUCCUAGGACCUCCUGGAACACUGCCCAGCGCAGCACCAGCACCUCCGCCCGCGCCAGCGGCCCCGGCUCCUACCAGCGAGUCUCUGCCUGCGAACCCCUGGGGCCAGCCUCCUGCACAAGCGGCGCAGUCCUACUCGGCGCCUGUGUAUGGUGCGGACCAGUGGGCCCCCGCAGCCCCGCAGCAGCAGCUGCCGCAGCCUCAGGCCCCGCCCCCGCCGCAGCCGGCAUAUUCGGCUCCGCCCCCGCCGGUUGCGCCCGCCUCCGCCCAAAAGGUGGCUCCCCAGGUGCAGGUGGCGCCCGCGGCCCCGCGCGCUCCGCCCGCGCCGCAGCAGCCACCCCCCAAGCCCUCGAACUAUGCUCAGGCGGCCGCUGGUGGUCGCGGCGGUGCUCCGGGCCGGGGCCCGGCGCCCGGCCGCGGAGGCGGCCGCGGCCCCAGCGCGCCCUACCAGAUGGUAGGAGGGCGGGGCGCACCGCCGCCAGCUGGAGGCAGAGGCCAGCCGGCCGCGCCCCCGCCGCCCCGCCCGGCGGCUGCCCCUGCGGCUGCUCCCGCGGCCCAUGCGCCCGCGGCUGCUUCCUCGCCCAUGCCGCUGCCGGUUCCCACUGAGGACUUCAACUUUGAGGAGCAGAACGCCAAGUUUAAGAAGGAGGAGGUUGCAAAGGAGAUCGCGGACGCAGUCAAGCCCCGCGGCGCCUACACCCGCGACGACUUCUUCGACGCCAUCUCCUGCGAGACGCUGGAGCGGCUCACGCUGGAGGGCCCGCCCGUCAGCUCGGCCGGGGCGCCGCGCAUGGACGGCGGCCGGGGAGACGGGCGGCAGCGCGCCGCGGACGCGCGGCGUCUGGACAUGGAGACGUUUGGCGGGUUGGGCGGCCUGCGGCACAACUACAACUACGGAGGACGCGGCCGCGGGCGCGGCGGGCGGGGCCGUGGCGACAUGGGCGGCCGGGGCGGCGGCCGCGAAGGUGGCGGCGGCGGUGGCCGGGGGCUGAGGCCGCACGCCACGGGUGUGCCCAACGGCGGCGGCCGGGGCGGCCGCGGACGCUACUGAGCACGCCGACGGGCCGACCCGGAGGUUGUCAGCCUGCAGCCCGUGCGUUCGGCUCAUACGUAAUGUACACACGUAGUAUACACACGCGCAUGGUGCUUCGGGCGUGAUGUGUGUGCGUUGGGAGAAGGAUUGAGCAGUGACCCGGUGGUGAACUUUUGACUGAAGGACUCUCCCACUUUGCGGAGCGGUAGGCAGCAGUACAUACGCGGUUCUGGAUGGUUCGGCGGUAUCUGCGAGUCCUAUGAGAGCGCCCUGCUGUGUACGGGCCGGGGCUUGUCGCCUUGUAGUGCGGCCCCCAGCAAGGAGCGUCUCUCGGACGUUUGGGUUUCGAAGAGGUGGCUCGUUCAAAACAGGGGCAAGGCUGGCUGGCGGCCCCUUUUCCGGUGGUGUGUUGGAUGUCCGCAUGGGUGGGUAUACCGGAUUGCUGAGGAGCUAAUUGUAACUUUGUAAGCGGUUAAGAUGGCGCCUAGAAGGAAACAACAACACGGACCUUUUACUUGGUGCGACGUUGGUCUCGCCUUGCGUUGUCCGCGGUGGGGGCCCCCUCCGUGCGUUUGGCCUGUUUGCUGCGGGUUCCUUGUGUUCGUACUUGGUGCCGCAUGGAAGUUCCCCCUGCAGGGCGUGCAGUGGCUUUGGGGUAUGCGCUGUACGACUGUGUACUAUUCCACGUAAAGGAGUUGUUCCGGCUAAGAUGUUCACUCUUGCCGUGCCUGUGUGAAGCUAUCGUGACGAAGCACAUUGCGGCGCUUGCAAGGUCAUCUCGCACAUGUGUGACCACAACAAGAGCUGGCGCUGAACAUGUCGCAACAGAACAGAACGGCAAGAUGAACAUCAAGGACGCAGAACAAGA